AGUAUUAAGUAGAGUUGUUUAAAGAAUAAUUUCAACCAAUCGCUAAGUUAUGCGAAGAUGCUCUGGGUUUCUCUGUCGAUUACUUGUUAGUUUUAAGAAACGACCGACAAGUCCUCAAUCACCUGAAGGCAAUGCCUUGCUAAACGAAAGGAAUCGAUUCGGAUUGAAUGGCGUUUCGAUCCCGAUUUCAACGCUUGAUCUUCAUCUGCGUGCUGUCGACCAUCUUGACCAUUGCCUUUCAUAAUUCAAGUGUUCCGAGAUUGGUUGAAAUGAAAGAACAACCAUCCUGUCCGUUAACAUCACCUCUACUAAUCGGCUGGACAAACAUCUCCAACUGGCUGGAAGACUUUGAGGAACAGAAACUUUUGGAACUCGGUGGGAGUUACAGACCUGCUAAUUGCAAUCCUAGUCAUGCAAUAGCAAUCAUCAUUCCAUACAGAAACAGGGAUCAUCAGUUAAUCACUUUCUUACACUACAUUCAUCCGUUCAUUCAACGCCAACAGCUAGACUACACGAUUUUCGUCGUUGAACAAACAGGAAUUUCAGCAUUCAAUAGAGGCAUGUUGCUGAACGUGGGUUUUAUCGAAGCCUUACGUCGUAGGUCGUUUGAUUGUUUCGUCUUCCAUGACGUUGAUUUGCUGCCGGAAGACGAUCGUAAUUCGUACGCAUGUCCAGAUGUAGGAAAGCCUCGACACUUGUCCGUGGCCAUCAGCACGUUUUCCUACAGACCUAUCGGUGUAAAUCAUUUUGGCGGUGUAGGUUCCGUCUCGGUGACGGAUUUCGUUGCAGUCAAUGGAUUUUCCAACAGAUUCUGGGGCUGGGGAGGUGAGGAUGAUGAUCUCUUUGACCGUCUUCGUUCCAGGAAUUUUACCGUCCAACGUCACCAGCCGUUACGUCAAACGCGUUACACCAUGCUAGCUCACGAACCAGCUGAACCCAAUUCCGACAGGAAGAGAAUCCUUCACGAUAAUAAACUGAAGCUCCCCUUAACAAUGAUGACUGAUGGUCUGAUAAGUUUAAAAUAUCGGAUAAUCAGUAUUCAUCUAAAACGUCUUUGUACUCACAUUAUCGUUGAACUCCAACGGUGAUGUCCACAUUUCAAUUGGCAACACCGGUGUUCUAAUUAUAACGAGACAGUGCCCAAUUCAUCGAAUUCGAAACGUUUUCGAAUAGACUUGUGAAAAUCAUGCUUGUGUCACAAAAAAGAGGUGAAAAUAUAUU